GAAGACACCAUUGAUAGACGUGCAGUGUCUAUUUUAUCACUAUAGUUUAUUACAAUUUGUAGUGUCUGAAGAGUGAUUUUGAAUGUGUGUAAACCUAACCUCUAGAAAACUGUUAUAAAAAUAAACAUAAAAAGAUGUGAGAGAGGAGUCAAUUAACUACAAAGUUUUCAAAGAAUCAUGGAGAAGUCGCAGAAGAUGCCGAAGGUGGCUAAGGUGAAAAACAAGGCGCCUGCGGAGAUCCAGAUCACCGCGGAGCAGCUGCUGCGCGAGGCGAAGGAGCGCGACCUGGAGAUACUGCCACCACCGCCGAAGCAGAAGAUCUCAGACCCGCAUGAGCUUGCGGAUUAUCAGCAUCGUAAGCGCAAAGCUUUCGAGGACAUAAUCCGUAAGAACCGUAUGAUCAUCACCAACUGGAUGAAGUACGCGCAAUGGGAGGAGAGCCAGAAGCAGAUUCAGCGCGCGAGGUCCAUAUACGAGCGCGCGCUCGAGGUGGAUCAUCGCAACAUAGCGCUCUGGCUCAAGUACACGGAAAUGGAGAUGCGUAAUCGUCAAGUGAACCACGCGCGUAAUCUGUGGGAUCGCGCGGUCACGCUGUUGCCGCGCGCCAAUCAAUUUUGGUACAAAUACACGUAUAUGGAGGAGACCCUGGAGAACAUAGCUGGUGCGCGCCAGGUGUUCGAACGGUGGAUGGAGUGGGAGCCGGAUGAGCAGGCCUGGCAGACGUAUAUCAAGUUCGAACUACGUUACAAAGAGAUCGAACGCGCCCGGCAGAUCUACGAGCGUUUCGUGAUGGUACAUCCGGACGUUCGCCAUUGGAUCAAGUAUGCGCGCUUCGAGGAGUCGUACGGCUUCAUCAGGGGAGCGCGCACAGUUUACGAGCGCGCGGUGAAUUUCUACGGCGACGAGGGUUUGGACGAACGGUUGUUCUUGGCAUUUGCCAAGUUCGAGGAAGCCCAGCGAGAACACGACCGCGCCCGUAUCAUCUACAAGUACGCGCUGGAGCACAUACCGCGCAACAAUACCCAGGAGAUCUACAAGGCGUACACGAUCCACGAGAAGAAGUACGGCGAUCGCUCGGGCAUCGAGGAUGUUAUAGUCAGCAAGCGAAAGCAUCAGUACGAACAGGAGGUCAAGGAGAAUCCGGCCAAUUACGACGCAUGGUUCGACUAUCUGCGGCUGGUAGAGUCCGAAGGUAACGUCGACAUGAUCCGUGAGACUUACGAGCGUGCGAUCGCCAAUGUGCCGCCCACGAAAGAGAAGCAGUUCUGGCGCAGGUAUAUCUACCUGUGGAUCAAGUACGCGCUCUUCGAGGAACUGGAAGCGAAAGAUGUCGAGCGGUGUCGACAAGUGUACAAGGUAUGUCUAGAGCUGAUACCACACAAGCGUUUCACCUUCUCGAAGAUUUGGCUGCUCUAUGCGUACUUCGAGAUCCGACAAAAAGAUCUGAUGAAGGCGAGGAAAACUUUGGGAUUUGCUUUGGGCGUUUGCCCUACCGACAAGCUGUAUCGCGGCUAUAUCGAACUGGAGAUACAACUAGUGGAGUUUGAUCGUUGCCGCAAGCUGUACGAGAAGUUCCUCGAGUUCGGCCCGGAGAACUGCACAACGUGGAUGAGGUUUGCCGAGCUGGAGACGCGGCUGGGCGAGAUUGAGCGUGCGCGUGCCAUAUACGAAUUCGCGAUCGCACGGCCGCGGCUGGACAUGCCGGAACUGCUGUGGAAGUCGUAUAUCGACUUCGAGAUCGCGCAAGGUGAAACGGAGAAUGCCAGGCAGUUGUUCGAGCGACUUCUGGAGCGCACGUUGCACGUAAAGGUAUGGAUAGCGUAUGCCAAGUUCGAGCUUCUUAAUCCAGGCAACGACGAUGCGCCGGAUAAUGUUGUCCUGGCGAGACGUAUCUUUGAACGCGGUAACGACGCCUUGAGAUCCAGUGGCGAUACGGAGAGUCGUGUACUGUUAUUGGAAGCGUGGAAAGACUUCGAGAACGAAAAAGGUAUCGCUGACACUCUCUCCAAGAUCAUGGAGAAGAUGCCACGACGUGUGAAGAAGAGGAGACGUGUGGUCGACGAGGAUGGCAAUGACGACGGCUGGGAAGAGGUGUUUGACUUUGUGUUCCCCGAGGAUGAGUCGCAGAGACCGAAUCUUAAAUUCCUUGCAUCUGCGAAGGCUUGGAAAAAACAGAACGAAGCAUCUUGAGACAGCGAAGUUUUAUGUAUGUGACGCUGUAAAAUUUAACUUGUAAAAUAUAUAUUGUAGAUAAGUAUAUUUAGUAUAUAAGUAUAUUAUAUAGUUAUAUGUAAUAAGAGAGAAAUAAGACACGUAAAAUAAGUUAUAAAGAAUGUACGAUGAUGAAUCCAUAUAUAUUGGAUUAUGAUCGUAUCAAUCUUUAUUUAUCAAUGUAACAUAUAAACUGUGAUAUCUUGCGUCAUCUUACGUGAGAAAUAUCGAGAUUUUUAAAUAUAUACCUCUCUCUUAUUUUAAAUCAAACUUAUUCCACAUUUUAUGAUAAAAAUAAAUUUGCAUCAUAAUAUUUGUAUAUUAGAAUUAAUAUUAUUUGUAUUAGAACUAAUACUAUUUGCAUUAGAACAUUUUUGAUUUAAUUUACUU